AUGGCCUCGAAAGAUAGCGAGAUGGCAGCUGCCGUUCAUCAAGAAGAAAUGCAUGAUAUGACCGAAAGUCAUGAUGUGAAAGAGAAGAGUGAUUUCUAUGCGGCUGAUCCCCAUCUUGAGAUUGACCCGGCCACCGACAGAAGGCUUUUCUGGAAGAUCACUCGCCGCGUCCUUGUUACCCAAGUGAUUACUUACUUUUGUCAAUCGUUGGAUAAAGGGAUCUUAAACUAUGCCUCCAUUAUGGGAAUCAAAGAUGAUACCCACCUAGUGGGUCAGCAAUACUCGUGGCUGGGAACAAUUCUUUACAUGGGCAUUCUCGUUGGCGAGUAUCCGCAAAAUUUACUCUUACAGAAGCUUCCUGUGGCAAAAACACUAGCUGUGAAUGUGUUCAUCUGGGGAGCCGUAGUGGCGUGCUCAGCGGCUUCUACCAAGUUUGCGUCCCUCAUGGUGGUCCGAUUUCUGCUCGGUUUCUUUGAAAGCUGUGUUCAGCCUGCUAUGAUGCUAAUAACAGCAAUGUGGUAUAAAAGAGAGGAACAAGCUGUGCUGAACUCGAUUUGGUACUGCAUGACCGGUGUGCAAUUGAUUAUCGGUGGCCUUCUAGCCUUUGGUGUCUCCCACUUCAAUGACGGGCCGAUCAAGAGCUGGCAGCUUUUGUUCUUGGUUCUCGGCCUUUUCACAUGCUGUUGGUCCGUUUUCAUUGGUCUCUUCCUUCCGGAUAGCCCUAUAUCGGCAAAAUGCUUUACGGAGGAUGAGAAACGAUUGAUGAUCGAGCGAGUGCGGCAUAACGAGACUGGCAUCGAGAACAAAGAGUAUAAGAAGUACCAAAUUAUCGAGGCCAUCAAGGAUCCUUUAGUUUGGUGUUGUGUCAUGCUCAUUCUUGUUGCUAACUUGGUGAUUGGUGGUUUGGGAGUGUUCUCCAAUCUCAUUAUUCAAGAGUUUGGCUUCUCGCUGCUUCAGACGGAGCUUCUCAACAUUGCUCAAGGAGCUUGGACCAUUAUUGUCAUGGUCGGGUCUGCAUGGGCAUCUCAAAGGUUGCAGCAGACAUGUCUAGUGAUGAUUAUAUGCGCGAUCCCAGCGAUUAUCGGCACCGUCGUCAUCAUGGUGGUUACUCCGACCCCAUCAAAUGCAGGUGGAAUGCUGAUUGCGUUUUAUUGCACCCAAUUCUUCCUCGCGCAAGGCAACAUGAUCAUUUCGCUUAUUACCCGGAACAUUGCAGGGCAAUCCAAAAAAAGCUUCACUAUGACGAUGCUAUUCGUCGGUUGGGCUGUAGGCAACCUCAUAGCGCCCCAGAUCUUCCAAACCAAAGAUUCUCCUCGUUAUCUGCAUGGCUUUUUGGCGCACAUCAUCAUCUAUGCUGUGUACGUUGCGCUAGUUAUCUUGACUCGGGUUAUCAUCAUGGCUAGAAAUCGCUCGAAGGAGCAAGCAACAAGUGAGGUAGUUCACGAUUUGGCUUUCGAGGAUCUCACAGAUCGCGAGAAUCCUAACUUUCGUUAUGUAUAUUAA